AUGCAGUAUGUGGUUCCAUCCCCGAGACGCAGGGCAACUGAGAACGGCGUCCAGGGCGACGCCAACGCGGCAGAACCCAAGCAGGACAAAGUGUAUACUGUAGAAGAAGCUAUAGAAUCGAUUGGGCUGGGUUGGUUUCAAGUGAAGAUCUUCUUAGUUGGAAAAAUGAUUACAGCGGCAGACGCCAUGGAGAUGAUGAUGCUAGCAGUGUUGUCUCCACUUGUCAGGUGUGAGUGGCAGCUAGAGGAUUACCAAGUGGCGUUCAUCACUACGGCAGUUUUCAUCGGAAUGGGAAUUUCCGCGCCAUUGUUGGGCAUGUUGGGUGACAGAUUUGGAAGGAAAGUUAUUCUGGUCAUGGUGACGAUGUGUGUUGGUUAUUUUGGAAUAUUGACAACCUUUAGCCCCACCUACGGCUGGAUGCUAGUACUCCGGGGACUGGUUGGUGUCGGCAUGGGCGGGUCUCCGCAAGGGUUUUCUCUGAAUGCUGAAUACAUUCCUUCUAAGUACAGAGCCAAAAUGCUACUAUUUGGAACAAUCUUCUGGACUCUAGGGAGUGUCUUUGAGAUUGGCUUGGCAAUGAUCGUAGUGCCAAGUCUUGGAUGGAGAUGGUUGCUAGCCUUCACAGCACUUCCUGUUCUAGUAGCAUGUUUUGGACUCAUUUUUAUCCCUGAAUCUGCAAGAUUUCUCACUGCUGCUGGAUAUGUUGACGAUGCCUACAAGAUUCUGGCGCAAGCAGCCAGGACAAACAAAUCCACUCUACCUGAGGGAAGAUUAGUCAUGUCCCCAGAUAUUUCACUGGGACGACCAAGAGAUCUGCUUAGCCGCGAAUACCUGCGCUCCACUCUGCAACUAUGGGUGCUUUGGUUUGGUAUUGCCUUUACCUAUUAUGGGAUGGUUUUAGCCAGCUCUGAGGUUCUGAGGGUGAGAAAUGAAGAAAAAACUUCCCACUGUAAGUGUGCCUAUCUGACCACUGAAGACUACACCACCAUGCUGCUGUCAUCUCUUGGGGAAUUGCUGAGUAUACCAAUCAACUUUUUCCUCAUAGACAGAAUUGGACGUUUGAAGUCUGGGGCACUCUGCUACUUUGGAACUGGAAUCUUCUUCAUCCUCAUACAGCUCAAAGUUAAUCUCAGUGUUCUGACAGUGUUCAUGUUUUUUGUCAGAGCAUUCUCAUCUGCAUCGUUCAGUUUUGUGUACAUUUAUUCCUCUGAGCUCUAUCCCACAUCUGUCCGCACCCUGGGAAUGGGGACAGCCUCAGCCAUGGCUAGAGUUGGUGCCAUGAUAACACCCUUUGUUGCACAGGUUUUAUUGUCACAUUCUGUUAUAACGGCUACAUGGGUAUAUGGAAUUCUGUGCCUUAUCUGCGGGAUAAACUGUAUUUUUCUACCUAUAGAAACACAUGGAAGAGCACUACCUCAAUCUGUGAGCUAUGAAUAUAAUCAUCAUACUAUGGAGUUAAAGGAGAGUUCACCAACGGCUCUGGAAUCUGACGUCAGUGACCAGGAUGGCAGACCCUCUGUGGUUUCAGAAACAAUUGGCAGAAAGUAA